AUGAUAGGUAGAAAAGAAUCCUGCGCUUCAGGACAGACACCGAUGACUGACCUAAGCUGCCUUGCCUAUGUACUGGAACAAUGGACUGUUGUGGAGUACCUGAAGAAGUACCUUUUUCAUGUGGUCAUCAUCUCACUGACAAUGAGUGCAAUAUUAGUUUUUUUUAUAGUUCCUUUAACAAUCCUCUUUUUCAUUUACCUUACUAAUAUUUUGCUUGUAAUAUAUCAGAGGAACAGUAAGGUAAAAGCAGAUCCCUUGAGUGAUGUUUGGGAUAGUGCAAGGAAAACUAUAGCAAGCUUUUGGGAUAUAUAUGCAAGAAUAUGGCAUGGUUAUGAGCUUCAUGGUGUGGAAAACCUACCAGAAGGACCGGGCAUUCUUGUGUAUUACCAUGGAGCUAUUCCUGUAGACUACCUUUACUUUUUGUCUAGGCUGUUUCUCUGGAAGAAAAGACUUUGCCUGUCAGUAGCUGAUCAUUUUGUCUUUCGUUUACCAGGGCUUAAAUUAUUAUUGGAAGUGACGGGUAUUAUGCCAGGUACAAGGGAGGAGUGUCUCAUUGCACUGAAGAAUGGACACUUGGUGUCCGUCUCACCAGGUGGAGUUAGAGAAGCACUAUUCAGUGAUGAAAGUUAUCAACUCAUGUGGGGAAAUCGAAAAGGCUUUGCUCAGGUCGCUCUAGAUGCAAAAGUGCCCAUCAUUCCAAUGUAUACUCAAAAUGUCCGAGAAGCAUAUAGGAUGUUUAAAGAAAGAAAUUUUGCUUUUCAGACUUCUGCUUACUUUGGAUUCUCUAACACGCUUGCUGUGGGAUUUUUUAGACAGUUGUAUGAAAGUACUCGAUUGCCAUUUACUCUUCUGUACGGAGGACUUCCAGUUAAAUUUCGCACAUACAUUGGGGAGCCAAUCCCGUACGAUCCGAAUAUAACUACAGAGGAAUUAGUUGAAAAGACAAAGACUGCUGUCCAGGCUCUCAUAAGCAAGCACCAGACAAUCCCAGGCAGCAUAUGGAAGGCUUUACUGGAGCGAUUUGAUAAACGUCGUAGAAGUGAUUAGAAUGCUUAUGUUUAUUUCAUUGUUUUUACAGCAUACAGUAAAAACCAAUGUCCAGUGGCACUGAUGACUAAUAAUUGGUGUUCAACCAGUUUAAUUUACAAGUUUCUACAGAUUUGACAGAAGAAAACAAUUAACCUCUUGAAGGUUCCCCUGUGUCUUUGAGGAUAGUCUGAAGUCAGAAAGACUGAAGAAGAAAACUUAUGUAUAAUAGCAAUGCAACAGCUAAAUUCCCCAAAAGGAAAUCAUAUAGCCAGGAUUUGCCUGGUUCCUAAAACAAGUAUGUACAUACAUCUCAGAGCCUCAGAAGUUUUGUCUAGAUCUCUGGUUUUAUGUUUUGAGCGGUUCACGGUCCAGUCUUAGAGCAGAAUCUCAAAGUUGGUGUUGUCCCACCAGAGUCUACCCCUCGGUGGGCACCUUCCCUGUUGGACCCCAUGCAAGACAGUGUCAGAAGAGAAACUGUCUCACUUUAGCUAAUGAUCUACUGCUUAGGCCAUUUUUCUAGAGAGACUAUACAAAGAGAAAUAAUCCCAUUAAACCAGGUAUUAGACUCCUGCAAACACAUCAGCUUAGUGGUUCUGUACCCUGGAAAGUAGGAGUGCUACAUCCAAGACUUUGC